CUUUGCCGUUGCGGGCAAACCACCGCGCCACAGACAGCGCGCGCACCGCUCCUUCCAAUGGCCGGCGGACCCAUAUAAGCCGUCGCCUCCCGGCUCCCUGUACCCACUCGCUCUGCCCGCCCCCGCCACCGGCCGGAUCGACAGCACACCACCACCUGACCUCCCGCGGCAGCACUCAUCGAUCCCGGCGAGGGAUGGUGUGGCCGGCGAUGACGAUGCGCGGCGCCUCCGCCGCCGCGCUGCUCGUGCUGGUGGCGCUCGUCGCCGGGGCGCGCGCGGAGGACCCCUACCACUUCUUCGAGUGGAAGGUGACGUACGGGACCAGGAACAUCAUGGGGACGCCGCAGAAGGUGAUCCUCAUCAACGACAUGUUCCCGGGGCCUACCAUCAACUGCACCUCCAACAACAACAUCAUCGUAAAUGUCUUCAACAUGCUCGACCAGCCGCUCCUGUUCCACUGGCACGGGAUCCAGCAGAGGAAGAACUCGUGGCAGGACGGUUUGCCGGGCACCAUGUGCCCGAUCCAGCCCAACACCAACUUCACGUACCACUGGCAGCCCAAGGACCAGAUCGGCAGCUUCUACUACUUCCCUAGCAUCGGCAUGCAGCGCGCGGCGGGCGGGUACGGGCUCAUCACCGUGCACAGCCGUGACCUGAUUCCCGUCCCCUUCGACACCCCGGCCGACGACUUCCCGGUCCUCGUCAGCGACUGGUACACCAAGGACCACACCGUCCUGGCCAAGAACCUCGACUCCGGCAAGGGGAUCGGCCGCCCCGCGGGCCUGGUCAUCAACGGCAAGAACGAGAAGGACGCGUCCAACCCGCCCAUGUACAACAUGGAGGCCGGCAAGACCUACCGCUUCCGCGUCUGCAACCUCGGCAUCAAGGCCUCCUUCAACGUGCGCAUCCAGAAGCACAUCCUCAAGCUCGUCGAGAUGGAGGGCUCCCACACCGUGCAGAACACCUACGACUCCCUCGACCUCCACAUCGGCCAGUGCCUGUCCUUCCUCGUCACCGCCGACCAGGCUCCCGGCGACUACCUCCUGGUUGCGUCCACCCGGUUCAUCAAGGAGGUGAGCACCAUCACCGCCGUGAUCCGCUACAAGGGCUCCAACACCCCGCCGCCGUCGCAGCUGCCGGAGGCCCCCAGCGGGUGGGCGUGGUCCAUCAACCAGUGGAGGUCCUUCCGCUGGAACCUGACGGCGAGCGCGGCGCGGCCCAACCCUCAGGGGUCGUACCACUACGGCCAGAUCAACAUCACCCGCACCAUCAAGCUCGCCACCAGCAAGGGCAAGGUCGACGGCAAGGAGCGGUACGCGCUCAACGGCGUCUCGCACGUCGACACCGAGACCCCCCUCAAGCUCGCCGAGUACUUCAACGCCACCGACGGGGUGUUCCAGUACAACAUCAUGGGCGACGUGCCGCCCGCCGCGGGCACCCCCAUCAAGAUGGCACCCAACGUCAUCAGCGCCGAGUUCCGCACCUUCAUCGAGGUGGUCUUCGAGAACCCCGAGAAGAGCAUCGACACCUUCCACAUCAACGGCUACGCCUUCUUCGCCGCCGGCAUGGGACCGGGCACAUGGUCGCCGGCGUCCCGGAAGACGUACAACCUGCUGGACACGGUGAGCCGGCACACGAUCCAGGUGUACCCGAGGUCGUGGACGGCGGUGAUGUUGACGUUCGACAACGCGGGCAUGUGGAACAUCCGGUCCAACCUCUGGGAGAGGCACUACCUCGGGGAGCAGCUGUACGUGAGCGUCACCUCGCCGGCGCGGUCGCUCAGGGACGAGUACAACAUGCCGGAGACGAGCCUCCGCUGCGGCAAGGUCGUCGGCCUGCCCAUGCCGCCGUCCUAUCUCCCCGCAUAGAUCAUCACGAUGGCCCCCGCCACGUACGGUACACAAAAGGAUCAGCAAGAGGCCGGAAAAGAGGCAUUUCCCGUUUCCCUUUUUGUCCACCACUGCACGUUUGUUCUUCUCGUCCGGUUCAUUUUCGCUUCCGAGGAAUAACCGAAGGGGCUCAAGACUUCAUGUGGGCACUACUGAGAUCAUCAGGGGCCCGGAUGGAAAGUGGCGAGGAGAAAUUAAAGAUUGUUGGCCAGCUGCGGAUGCAUGCAAUACCAGCUCGAGAAGCCCUCUCGAAACAUUGUAGGGAGUAAAGCUGUUUAAGUAUAUGAUGAUGAUAUAUAUGAGUCUGUCCAAUUAAUAAGUCCCUCACGCAAAACUAUUCUUUAUCAUGUAUAUGUACAUGCAUAUGUCGCCUGAUUCAAUUUUUUUGAUGUGUUUCUCUUUCGUUUCCAAACUUAACUUUGUAAGUUGAUAUAUAUGGAUCAAUGCUAUUCAAUAGAUUGUAAUCA